UGGCCAAUAGUUGCUUAUUUUCUCCCUGCUUCCUAGAACCGAGGGAAAGGAGGUGCCGUCAGCAAGCUCAUGCAGAGCAUGGCCGCCGAGGAGGAUUUUGAGCCAAACCAAGAUAGCAGCUUCUCCGAGGACGAAAACAUGCCAUUGAAUGUGCUUCUGGAGCGGCCGCUGACUCCAGCCCCUCGUUCUUGCAUCAUCGACAAAGACGAGUUGAAGGAUGGCCUGAGAGUCCUGAUCCCCAUGGACGACAAGCUGCUCUACGCUGGCCACGUGAAGACCGUCCACUCUCCCGACAUGUAAGUCAGAGGGACAUGCAGCCUGGGUUGGAAGGGAGGGGAGAACAGCCAGUGCGUGGAAUCAAUAUAUCCAAACCUCCAGUACACAUCCUGUCUAUAUAAAUAAAAAUGUAAUGUUCGUUUGUGGGGUUAACAUAACUCAAAAACCACUGGGGGAAGUGACACCAAAUUUGGACGCAAGACACCUCUCAGGCCAACAAGUGACCAUCACUCAUAAAAACACUGAAAAAUACA